GAACUAGACAAGGAAAAGCGAUAUAUUACUUCACGGCCUCUUGAGAAGCCACAGCGGGGGGAGAUGGACGUCGUGGUGUCACCAUCCGCGUCCUCACAAGCGUCAUCACGAUGCAGAUCUGAUCGGGGUGGAAGAGCACACAGGCAUGCGAGUUUUAGUGAGGACUCUAGUGAGCAGGAAAAUGAUCAUACCAAUACCCCUUUAGCGAGAGCUAGACUUGUGUCUAACAUGGGACGAGGAAAGAUCGAUUCCAAGGAAAUAUUCAAAGCACUAGAGCCCGAUGAAGAUGGCAAAGUAGACAGUGUAAAAUUACUAGAGUUCCUCAAAAAAUCGGGACUAGCUACCUCUGAUGGUCGUAUGAGGAAUACGUACAAGGAGCUCAAGAGUCAGGACUUUGUUGACUUUGAGAGGUUCCAAACACUGAAGACUAGCAAUGAACUAGUUGGGAAGGCGUUUCGAGGAGAGCUGGCUAUCUCCGAUUUUGAAGCCUUCUGUGACGUUAUUAACGAUGCUUAUAAAGAUUUGGAGGACUGUACUGAGGGCGAAAAUGCCGACUAUAUACCAACAUUGGCUACAGUGAAUCCGGACUAUUGGGCGAUCAGUGUUUGUAGUGUACAUGCACAGCGCUACUCGAUAGGUGAUAGCAAGGUUCCAUUUUGUCUACAGUCAACUUGCAAGCCUCUUAACUACUGUAUGGCGGUGGAAUUACAUGGCAAGGAGAAGGUACACGAGCACGUUGGGCAUGAGCCUAGUGGGAGGAACUUUAACGAGAGGGUCUUGCUACAGCCGAAAGGCAUACCUCACAACCCACUUAUCAAUGCUGGUGCUAUUAUGGUAUCAUCGCUAUUGUAUAUGGACAAAUCGGAAUGGGAACGAUAUGAAGCGGUAACUGAGACGUGGCAGCAUCUAGCCGGGAUGUCUAGGAGGCCUCAUAUACAAUAUGAUACGUUUAUGGGGGAGCGAGCAACGGCGAAUCGGAAUUACUGUUUGGCGUAUAUGAUGGCUGAAGAGAACGCCUUCCCACCAAACACAGAUAUUCAGAAGACGCUAGAGUCGUACUUUCAAUGGUGCUCACUUGAACUAGACUGUGAGGAGAUGUCUGUUGUUGCUGCUACCCUUGCAAACGGUGGUAUUUGUCCCAAGACAGGCGAACGUGUGUUUAGUCAGGACACGGUAUCGUCGUGUUUGUCUAUGAUGAUGAGUUGUGGUAUGUACGACUACUCUGGCGAGUUUGCAUUCACAUGUGGUUUCCCUGCAAAAUCAGGGGUCUCUGGCGUUCUAUGUAUUGUCAUACCAGGAGUUUGUGGAAUCGCCACGUUUUCGCCUCGGCUGGAUGCCUUGGGAAAUUCUGUGCGAGGAGUGAAGUUCUGUCAAAUGUUGUCUAAACGGCUUCCGGUGCACGCUUUCGGCGGGAUAUUGACUAUAUCAUGCUCAGUCGAUGUACUGACCAACUUUACUUUAACAGAAUAUUCUAGUUUGUGGUGGAGUGCUGCUGUUGGUGAUGCUAUUAGGAUUCGUCAUCUGGCGGCUAGAGGAAUUGACGUUCGUACGGCAGACUACGAUCUGCGUACUGCUCUGCAUUUGGCUGUGUGUAAUCAUCAUCGAGAAACUGUGAAACUGUUGAUGUUCUUGGGGGCGGACCCGGAGUUUCGCGACCGCUAUAACAACACAUCGGUUAUGGACGCUCAAAGAGAGUCGGAGGAUCGCUGUGUGCGGGAGCUGAAACGCGACAUCGCUCUUCGGGCGAGUUGUCCUCCUAUGUUGCCUGGUGAAGAUGGCGAUAUCGUCCUGGCACGGUACUUCGCUGAUAUGCCCUGGCCACUAGAUUCACGGCGCCUGAUUCGAGCAUUGGAGUGGUAUGGUCUUCCGAGAGAUUCUCCGAGGGUUCAGGCUCUACUAAAAGUGUUGAAUGGUCUAUAUCUGGUUCAGGAUUUGGGGUGGUAUGGUAGUGUUGGAGUCGGUGGGAUGCCCGACAGUUUGUCGGUGCCUGGGUGCUUAUCAGUUCCUGAGGAUAUGAAUCUCACUGGCGAGGCUGAGGCACUAUACUCGGCUGAUGAAUUCUCGAGAAUCGCGAAGAAGCAUGAUAUCGCUGUGAAGGCUCUUUGUGGCAAGUUGAUCGUCCCUAAUUGGCCCAAGUUUACACAGAGACUGAACGAAUGCUUCUCUGCUUGUUGCGAGGAUCACCCUCAUCAGGAGAUCAUCACAGUCGGUGUGUGUACGACUGACAGUCAGCAGUAUGCUCGAGAUGAAAGCGCCUUGCCAGGGUCACCCUCAGCAGCUAGUUGUGUAUCUGAGUACUCGCCGGUAUGGACCCCCGAGGAGUGUCUUAAAUGCUUCCCAACGGGCGGACUCAUACGGCCGAUCCUCUACUGCAUGGCGGUGGAAAUGCUGGGCUUGGAAGAAGUUCAUAAGUGGAUGGGGAGAGAGCCCAGUGGCGAGAAGCAAACGUAUUUAGGCCUUGACCAUUUGAAUAGGCCACAUAACCCCUUUGUGAUGAUGGGGACGAUAAAUCUGUGUGCGUUGCUGUCUAGGGGGUUGGAUAAGGAAUAUAGUGGAACUGGCAUGAGGCCCUCGUUGGAAAGGGUCCUCGAGAACUGGAGGAAGUUGAGUGGUUCGGACACGGUCCCACCGGAAGCUGCUGAGCUUGGGAAGAAACUUGACAGAAGGCACUCGGACUUGGCACGGAGUAUGGCUUAUCGCUUGCGGUCUAUCCAUCGCUUCCCAAAUGGGGCGGAUAUUGACGACGCGAUUCAAUUGAUGUUUGAGACGCAUGAGCGCGAGGUCAAUGUCGCUGGUGUUGCAGCAGUGGCGGCCUCCUUUGCCAACAGUGGAGUGUGUCCGAAGACCAACGAGAGGGUUUUCAAGGAUCAGACAAUCCGGUAUGCACUCAGCCUUAUGUACUCCUGUGGCAUGGACCAGAGGUCGGGUAUGUGGGCCUACAACCUCGGUAUACCGGGUAAGAACUCCAACCUGGGCGCCGGCAUGGCAGUAGUACCGGGCGUACUCGGCAUAUGUGUGCACUGCCCGAGUGCGGAAUUCGGGGAGGAGUCGGCAGAGAAGACUAUCAGAAAUUAUGGUACUUCCGAAGAGUCUUAUUCGUUGAGUCGUAAAGGUCUGGAUUUCUUCUAUCACAUGGAGGAGACAUUCAACUUUCACCUGUUCAAGCGCCACGACCCCGUAUUGCGAGGAAGCGACCGUCAUGUGGACCCAACACUCUAUUACGGUUCCGUCAAACAUGAGCUCACGAAUCAGCUUAUUAUGGCCUGCGCUAAUAAGGACGUUUAUACGGUCCAGUACCUUCUUCAGCUGGGGGUGGAUCCGAAUGUUGCCGAUUACGACAGUAGAACCGCUGUGCACUUGGCUGCGGCUUCUGGUUGUUUGAGUGCUAUGAAGUUGCUGAUGGACGCUGGGGCUCGGCUGAAUACGUACGAUAGAUGGGGUAACACACCCUAUGAGGAGGCCAAGAGGCAUGGGCGUAAAAACAUCGUCAAAUUCCUCGAGAAACUUGUUAUGGAGGGCUCGCCGUCUAUGCGAGAGGAGCGUAAGACGAAGUCAUUGGACUCUGAUGCAGCUGAGGAUGACUUUGUUAAUGAUGCUGAAGCCGUCAUGGAGUACUUUGGCGAUGUGGAGGUGCUGGGAGUUGAGGGGGAGCCGUUGUGGUAUGAUGAUAAGGACCCGAAGGAAUGGAACACUGGAAUGCCGGCUGAAGUUGAGGUUCUUGGUAUAGACGAUGCCCCAGGGAGCGGUGGUCACCAAUAAUGAUGGUGGCAAUGUUUUAUCCAAUAUUGGAGUUGAUACACUACUUUUGACGAACCGUUUGUGGUUACCUGUUUACUUGAACAUAACUUUGAUAAACA